GGCGCCCAGUUUGUACUCUGUUCGUCGCGGUUGUCCGGUGCAGAUCUCGUGAUUUGCUUUCUAGCGAAAAGAAACCAACUGGUGCUUCAUUUCCAGUUCCCGUGUGAAGUGUCCACCUCUAAGGCAAGUGUUUGGAAGAAACAAGAAAAAAGAGUGCGAAACAUGGGCAAGACACCGGCCGUCGGAAUCGAUUUGGGAACGACCUACAGCUGUGUCGGCGUUUGGCAGCAUGGCAAGGUGGAAAUUAUUGCCAACGACCAGGGUAACCGGACGACCCCUUCGUACGUUGCCUUCAACGACACGGAACGGCUGAUUGGCGAUGCUGCCAAGAAUCAGGUGGCAAUGAACGCCAAGAACACCGUUUUCGACGCCAAGCGUUUGAUCGGUCGUCGCUUCGACGACCAGAAGAUCCAGGAAGAUAUGAAGCACUGGCCGUUCACCGUGGUCAACGACUGCGGCAAGCCGAAGAUCCAGGUGGAGUUCAAGGGCGAAACGAAACGCUUCGCCCCGGAGGAGAUAAGCUCCAUGGUGUUGACCAAGAUGCGCGAGGUAGCCGAGGUAUACCUGGGCGGUAAGGUGAGCGAUGCGGUCAUUACCGUGCCGGCGUACUUCAACGACUCGCAACGGCAAGCGACCAAGGAUGCUGGGGCAAUUGCCGGCUUGAACGUCAUGCGGAUCAUCAACGAACCGACGGCGGCUGCGUUGGCCUAUGGACUGGACAAGAAUUUGAAGGGCGAGAAGAACGUGCUUAUCUUCGAUUUGGGCGGUGGUACCUUCGACGUCUCAAUCCUAACCAUCGAUGAGGGUUCUCUGUUCGAGGUGAAGUCUACGGCUGGUGAUACACAUCUGGGUGGCGAGGACUUCGACAACCGUAUGGUUAAUCACUUUGUGGAGGAGUUCAAGCGCAAACACAAGAAGGACAUGAGCGGAAACAUUCGUGCUCUUCGUCGGUUGCGUACGGCUUGCGAACGUGCGAAGCGCACUCUGUCGUCGAGCACGGAGGCAUCGCUGGAGAUCGAUGCUCUGCAUGAUGGCGUCGAUUUCUACUCGAAAAUUACACGUGCUCGUUUUGAAGAGCUGUGCAUGGAUUUGUUCCGUUCGACGUUGGCUCCGGUCGAGCGUGCUCUUACCGAUGCAAAGUUGGAUAAGGGGGCAAUCCAUGACGUAGUUUUGGUAGGGGGGUCUAUCCGAAUCCCUAAGGUUCAAAAAAUGUUGCAGGACUUCUUCUGCGGAAAGGCUUUGAAUUUGUCUAUUAAUCCGGACGAAGCCGUUGCAUACGGAGCUGCGGUACAGGCUGCAAUCCUCAGCGGGGAUGGAAGUUCGCAAAUCCAGGACGUUCUGCUGGUGGACGUUACUCCGCUUUCGUUGGGUAUCGAAACCGCUGGAGGCGUCAUGACCAAGAUCAUUGAGCGCAACUCUCGUAUACCGUGCAAGCAGCAGCAGACUUUUACCACGUACAGUGACAAUCAGAAUGCUGUGACAAUCCAGGUAUUUGAGGGUGAGCGAGCUAUGACCAAGGACAACAACCUGCUAGGAACGUUCAACCUGACCGGGAUCCCACCGGCGCCACGUGGAGUACCGAAGAUUGAGGUUACGUUCGAUCUGAAUGCCGACGGUAUUCUGAACGUUUCGGCCAAGGACAACAGUACCGGCAAGUCGGAGAAGAUCACCAUCAAGAACGACAAAGGACGACUGUCGAAAGCAGAAAUCGAUCGGAUGCUGUCGGAAGCGGAGAAGUACCGCGAAGAGGAUGAACGUCAGCGCGAGAAGAUCACGGCCCGCAACCAGUUGGAGAGCUAUAUCUUCAACUGUAAGCAAGCGGUGGAAGAUGCUCCGGCUGGAAAGCUCUCCGACUCGGACAAGCAAACGGUUAAGGACAAGUGCACUUCGGAGAUGUCAUGGUUGGAUGCUAACACACUGGCCGAGAAGGAUGAGUUCGAACAUCAUCUGAAGGAGUGCCAACGGGUUUGUGGACCAAUCAUGGCCAAGAUGCAUCAGGGAGCAGCUGGAGGUGAAGGUGGUGGUUCUUCGGCCGGUGGCAAAGGACCAACCGUUGAGGAAGUUGAUUGAAUAUCCAAUUUGGAGCAAUCAAAUUAUCUGAUAAAUCCUCAACUCUGUGUCCAAAACUGCUGAUACUAACAAUGUAACCGGCGCUUGUCUGUUUGGGUAUGCUUUAAUAUUUAUACAUUUAUAAUUAGGUGAGGCGAAAUACGAAUAAUAAAUAACGGAAAGCUUGGGUUCA